CUCCCGACGGCGUCACCACCACAGAGCCGCCAAGUGGUGUCGAUGGAAGUUCAGCCAAGCCACCAGAGCCACCAGGUGGUCCUGAUAAAAGCACGACAACACCAAGUCCCGAUGCUACGACACUACCACCACCUCCUGAAAUAUCCACCACCACCCCCACCACAACUCCAACUCCCGAGAAGGCCACAACAUUGCCACCUAGCGUCGAUGGAGGCAGCAGCAGUUCACCUAUGGAACCUGAGCCAGUCAAGACAACAACAACUCCAACUCCAGAAGGCAUCACCACACCGUCGCCGCCAAGUACUGACGGCAAAACAACUGAACCUCCACUUCCACCACCGAGUCCUGAACAACCGGACAAGGCAGGUACUACAACUCCGCCAGCAGCUCCCGAUGGCGUCACCACCACGCAGCCACCACCACCGCCCAGUGUUGAUGGAGGCAGCUCAGUUCAGCCUGAACUACCGGACAAAAUCGUCACCACUACCACCACAACUCCAACUUCCGAAAAGGCCACAACAUUGCCACCUAGCGUUGAUGGAAGCGGCAGUAGCAGUUCACCAAAAGAACCAGAGCCAGACAGAACGACAACUCCAGCAACUCCCGACGGCGCUAGCACACUUCCGCCUAGCACCACCGAUAGAAGCACUUCUCCCAAAGGAGAGCCACCUAGUCCUGAACAACCUGAUAAAACAACCCCAACCCCAACUCCCGACAAGGCCACAAGCCCAUUGCCCCCAAGCACUGAUGGCAGCAGCUCACCCAAACCAAAGACGCCUAGUCCUGAACAACCAGAGAAGGCCACAACCACCACAACCGUUUCACCAGAUGGCACAACAUUACCACCAGCAAGCACUGACGGCAGUUCAAAGGCGCCCGAACCGGACAAAACUUCAACGACCACCACAACAGAAACUCCCGAUGCAACGACCACAGCAGUGCCGCCGACCAGCACCGAUGGAGGCAGCUCAAUACAACCCGAGCUUCCAACAGGAAGUCCUGAGCGACCAGACAAACCAGCCACCACUUCAGCCCCUGAAGGCCCCACACCAGGGGCGCCAGACACUGAUGGAACCGGAAGUUCACCACAACCUGAGAAAACCACAACACCAACUCCCGAUGCCACAACAUUACCACCAGGCGUCGAUGGAGGCAGCAGUUCACCAAAAGAACCUGAGCAACCAGAAAAGUCAACACCACCAAGUCCGGACAUACUCACCACCACCACUACCUCAACCACUCCCCCUUCAACUGACACACCUUCUUCACCCUCUCCACCUUCUCCUUCUCCAUCAAGUCCCCAACCUCCUGAAACGACUACUUCCUCUCCAGACGAUAAAAUAACCACCACAAUUUCAUCAUCUCCAUCAUCAUCCCCAUCAACCCCUGCUGAAACAACGACCACCACCCCUGCCGGCCCUACGACCACCCUCUUCCCCGACGACUUUGACUUCGAGGAGACGGAAAUCGAGGCGG